AUGCCCCCCCAAAUCAAACAAGACCUCAACCGGUCCGGGUGGGAAACGACCGACUUCCCCUCGGUAUGCGAGAACUGCCUGCCCGAAAACCCCUACGUCAAGAUGCUCAAGGAGGACUACGGCGCCGAGUGCAAGCUCUGCACGCGGCCUUUCACCAUCUUCAGCUGGUCAGGCGAUGGACGCGCGCAGGGCCGCAAGCGCCGCACCAACAUCUGCUUAACUUGCGCGCGCCUCAAGAACGCCUGCCAGUGCUGCAUCAUGGACCUGCAGUUCGGCCUGCCGAUCGUCAUCCGCGACAAGGCACUCGAGCUGAUCGCGCCCGGCCCGCAGAGCGAGAUUAACCGGGAAUACUUUGCGCAGAACAAUGAGAAGGCGAUUGAGGAAGGGCGCGCGGGUGUCGAGGAGUAUGAGAAGACGGAUGAGAAGGCGCGGGAACUGUUGAGGAGGUUGGCACAGAGUAAGCCAUACUUCCGCAAGGGGAGGGAGGUGGAUACGGAGGGGAACGCUGUCGGUGGAGGGAAUGCGAGAGGUGGGAAUCCCGCGGUGGGUGCGGGUGUGGGAGGCCCCGGGCCGAUACGGACAAGAGACUCAAGAGCGGCGGCCGCUGUUGGCGCGAGGGGCGGGAGACGCAAGGGACCAGUAGUCGCCAACACCGCCCCGCCAGGACCAAAGGACUGGCAGCCGCCCAGCGACCCAAACAUCAUGUCGCUGUUUGUCACCGGUAUCGAGGACGACUUGGCCGAGUACAAAAUCCGCGACUUCUUCAAGGCAUUCGGCAAGAUCAAGUCGCUUGUCGUGUCACACAUGACGCACUGCGCUUUUGUCAACUACGAGACGCGCGACGCAGCGGAGAGGGCUUCACUUGAGUUGAAAGGAAAGGCCGUCAUUUCGGGUUGUCCGCUGCGCAUUCGGUGGAGCGUGCCCAAGGCGAUUGGCACGAUGGAUAAAGAGGAGCGCACUGAGAUGUUGCGUGACGGACGGUCGGCGUUCCCCCAGGCGAACCGAAGGGGACCGCCGCAAAAGGCUAUCGCAGGGGCUAGUGGUGGGCAAGGAGGCGAGACUGGUGGUGCUGCUGCUCCAGGGGACAAUCUCUUAGGUCUUACUGUGGCUGCACCGCCUGGGGCUGCCGACGUUGAGUAUGCUAGUUUGGCUGGGAACUAG